AUGGUAGCCAGCAGCGCAUCUACAACGGCGGACAAGGCCGCGCCGUCAGCGCCGUGGGAGUCGGCGCCGGCGCACGAGCAGCUCUUCGUGCUCAUCACGGGGGCCAACAGCGGCGUCGGGCUCGGCACGGCGCAGCGGCUCGUCGACGAGUUCCUGGCGACGCGCGGCCCGGCGGCGCACCUGGUGCUGCUGGCGACGACGCGGUCGGCGGCCAAGGCGCGGGAGGCGAUUCGCGAGGUGCGCGCGCACGCGCGGCGCGUCGCGGCGCGGCUGUACGGCGCGGGGGGGAGGUGUGCGUGCCGGGAUGCCGUGGCGAGGAUUCAUGUCCUUGGCUUGACGCUCGACUUGUGCGACUUGGCGGGCGUCAGGGCGUUUGCGAGGCGGCUUGUGCGUGGGGUGCCGCGGCUCGACUGCGUCGUCUUCAACGCGGCGUACGGCGGCUGGGAGGGCUGCAACUACCUGCUGGCCGUCUGGUCCAUCCUCACAAAGGGCCUCAUCCAGUCCGUCACCUGGCCCGACUUCAAAACCGCCCUGCCCACCGCCAUUCUCAACGAGCAGCGGCAGAGCUACGGCUACUACCCCGCCUCUCCUCUCCUCGGCGAAGUCUUUACCGCCUGCGUCUUCGGCCACUACAUGCUCGCCCACGAGCUCCUCCCCCUUCUCAGCCGGCGCCCCCCCUUGUCGUCGUCUACGCCAGCACUCGCCCCCGGCCGCAUCGUGUGGUCGUCGAGCCUCGAGGCCGUCAGCCGCGUCUUCUCCCCCGACGACUUCCAGUGCCUCAACGGCCCCGCCGCCUACGAGUCGGCCAAGCGCCUCACCGACGUGCUCGCCCUGACGCACUCGCUCCCCGCCGCGCGGCCCUAUUCCUCCCGCUGGCUGACCAUGGAUCACGACGACAACGACGACGACGAGAAGAAGACGCAGCAACCUCCUGUUGUCCAGCCACCCAAAGUCUACCUAACACACCCGGGCAUCGUCGCCAGCACCCUCUUCCCCGUCCCCUGGUUCCUCUUCUGGGCCUACGAGCUCUCCCUCAUCCUCUCGCGCUGGCUCGGCUCCCCCUGGCACACCGUCGACGGCUACAGCGGCGCAAAGGCCGCCGUGUGGCUCGCCCUCGAGCCCCAGGACGCCCUCGACGACGCCCGCGCCCACCGCGUCAAGUGGGGCAGCUCCUCGGACCGCCACCGCCGCGUCCACGUCAAGAAGACCGAGGUCGAGGGCUGGGGCUGGGAGGGCCGCGUCCAGGUCGUCGGCGCCCACGACGACGACGACGCCGCCGCUUCGCCCUACCAAGUCCUCCGCAAGUCGAUUGGCCGCAAGCACGGCGUCGUCGACGCCACUGCCGAGGACAUUGUGCGCUUUGAGGAGCUUGGCGCCACUUGUUGGAGGGAGGUGGAGGAGAUGAGGGCCACGUGGGAAGCCAUUCUGGACAAAGAAGAGUUGGCCAAGGAUGUCUAA